AUUAACAGUGUCUUUUUUUUUUUUUUACUGAAGGAAUUGCUGAAAUCCAGAUGAACAGACCCCAUGCUAAAAAUUCACUGGGGAAGGUAUUUGUGAAUGAAUUGUUUCGUGCAUUAGAAAGUCUCCGUUACGAUGACAAGAUCCGUGUAGUAGUGUUUAAAAGUGAAGUAAAAGGCGUGUUUUGUGCAGGUGCUGACUUAAAGGAGCGUGCACAAAUGAGUGAUGCUGAAGUGGGACAUUUUGUUCACAGGCUGAGAAGUCUAAUGGAUGAAAUUGCUGCACUGCCUGUGCCCACUAUCGCUGCAAUCGAAGGUUAUGCACUAGGCGGGGGACUGGAGCUGGCCUUAGCUUGUGAUCUUCGAGUAGCAGCUUCUUCAGCCAAAAUGGGUCUGAUUGAGACCACCAGAGGGCUUCUUCCUGGUGCAGGGGGAACCCAGCGCCUGCCCCGCUGUAUUGGAAUAGGUCUUGCAAAGGAGCUCAUUUUCACUGGCAGACAGAUUGACGGACAGCAGGCCUUCUCAAUCGGACUGGUAAACCAUGCAGUACCACAGAAUGAGCAGGAGGAUGCUGCUUACCAGAAAGCAUUAGCUCUGGCUAAAGAAAUCGUUCCUCGGGCUCCAAUUGCUGUGAAAAUGGGUAAACUGGCAAUAAACAGAGGAAUAGAGGUGGAUAUUGCUUCAGGGAUGGCUAUUGAGGGAAUGUGCUAUGCUCAGAACAUUCCUACAAGAGACCGGCAGGAAGGAAUGGCUGCUUUCAAGGAGAAACGUCCACCUCACUUCAUUGGGGAAUGAUGAUUCAAAGCUUUCCCCCUUCCUUGGUGGCAGGAUUCCUUAGGAAAUAAAAGGGCCAAGACGCAGAACCUGAAGUGUAUUGGAAUGGUUAAAUUGCUAUGACUAAGUUCAUAAACUCUGGCAUGGGUGACAUUCCUGGACACUCCAGAAGAGCCAGCUUUUUUAAAGGAUAAUUCCAAUAUGUUCACUGUAAUUAGCUGAAUAAGUUAAAAGGCUUAGAUUUGUAAAAUGAUGAAUGACUACAAGAUAUUGAUUGGGGAUUUCCCUAGCAAUCUGACUCUGAAACAGGCUAGCAGUGAACAUCAGUUAAAAAAAAAAAUGGAGCCCAACUCCUUCUAUUAAGUGAGCAUUUCAAACUGGUGGCAAAUUUAACCAAAAGCAAACCCAUGCCCAGAACUGGUCUUCUGGGACUAGAAGAGUUUUGUCUUCAGGCACAACAGGGAAAGCAUUGGCUUCUCUUUGUGCCUGCUGGUUUAAGGUAACUACUGGCAACGUUGGACCAGAACUCUUUGAUACCAGUUUUUAACUAGUUUUCCAUGCUUGCUUUUUGUACUGUACACAGACUCCCAAUAAAGGUCAGUGCCUUAUUCUUUGCAGAA